CUUGACGCAUACUUAUUUACUCACUAUCGUUGCCACUUCCUUAAAUAAUAUAUUUGUGUAUCAAAUCUUGUGUACCUCAAUUAAGGGAUUUCAUGAAUUUUCAUCAACUACUAAGUGUCCUACAGGGUAUAAAAAGUGGCCCUCUUUUCCAGCUUUCUCAUUCUACUUUCACAUUUGCAACACGCAAGAUAACUUACCACGGCAAAAUUUCGGCAAACUUCUCCCCAUUUCAACAUCAUGUCACUCUCAACCCUGCGACGCUAUGAAACCAUGGAAGAAUUGGACAACUGGGUGCGUCUGGCCAAGUCCGGCUCUACCCAAACCUUCGCCCACGUUAGCGACCAACUUUUCGAUGAGGUAAUCGCCCUCGGCGCCAGCAUUCCUCGAACUCCAUGCACUGAUGCAGAACUGGACAUGAUGAAUGCCAUGCUGGGGAUGAAUGCCUACUCGCAGGGAAAAACUGCCCUUCUCUCCAAAGUGGAUUGUGUCGGGUGCAACCGUUCCCUCAAUUUCUAUGACGUUUUCGUCCAAGGUGUCGAAAAACAUGGGCUUGGCUUCAUGAAGAGAUUCGCCACUGGGCCGAACAAGGUGCGUGGUGACACCGAUGGGGAGCAAACUCUCUGCUGCAGUGGGUGCGGCCAGAGCACCCCGUGUACUCGAGAAUUCGUUACCGACCAAGCUCUCUAUGGGUAUGGUUGUUACAAUUGCUAAGUAUGACGUUAUAGCGAUUUUCUUCAACCUAAAUCGUCAAAUGCUAGACUUAGAUGUCAAAACCAAUUGAAAUUAAAUGCAUGGAUCAGUAAAAUAUUGUUGUGUUUUAUAAAUUUUGAGAGCUUUGAAUUAAUAAAAAAAUU